UUUGCCUUCAGAGGUCCGUCACCGGAAACGGUUCACCUACUCUGUGAUCGCAGACACCAUGCUCCGCCUUCUCCUUAGUUGCUCUAGGGCGCGUACCCAGAUCCUUAACAUCUCUCCAUCUGUGGCUCGGGUUCCUGGGAGGAAAAAGACAGAUACCCCUCGUGUCCUGAGGACUCCUCUGCAGAACGGUCCCCCUUUCUUUCUGAGACCGUGGCUCCUCACACCUGACCUGGGGUCUGAGAAUGGGGAUAAAGGCUAUCACACGUCUAAGUGCUGUUUUAAGAAGAAGCACUUUGUGGUCCCAAAGAGGCCACCAAGCACUCUUACAUACCUCCCAGACACCCCAAAGCCUGCCCUAUACGUAGCUUUGACUGGAUUGAUCCCCUUUGUGGCUCCACCACUGUUCAUGAUGAUGACGGAUACCUAUGUCCCUGUAUUGGCAUUUACACAAAUGGCCUAUGGAGCCAGCUUCCUGUCUUUCCUGGGAGGGGUCAGGUGGGGAUUUACUCUGCCAGAAGACAGUCCAGCCAAGCCAGAUCUCAUGAAUCUAGCCUGUAGUGGGGCUCCACUGGUGUUUUCCUGGUAUGCCUUCCUUAUUUCUGAAGGACUCCCUGAAGCCAUUGUCAUGGUGAUUAUGGGCUUUGGGGUGGCAUUACACAAUGAAGUCUUCCUCCUACCCCAUUAUCCUAACUGGUUCAAAGCCUUGAGAAUAGUAGUGACUCUAGUGGCAUUUUUUUCAUUUGUAGCCACUUUGAUACUUAAAAAUUUGUAUCCGGAAACUGGCCCUAAAAAGCCUGGUCAGGCUGAAUAAAGUCCACACACACAUACCCUACCCCAGGUUGUGAACAGGUAGGGUAUUAAGUUCCUUCACACAUUCAUGGAGGCUACUUUUUGUUUUCUCUGUAAUCCCUGCAUCUAAGGAUUGUUCCCCUGUGGAAAUCAUGUUGCCUGAGGCUCGGGAGAACUUGAUAAUAGCCCAGUUACUGGCAUAUGUGUCAUUAAACUGGCAAUCAGUAGCAUUUUUUCUUCUAUUUAUAAAUGAUCUAUAAAGAUUGUUUUAAAAGGUUUCAAAUAAAAUACCAGAU